AUGCAAACAACAGUUAUUUGCUUCGUAUUAUUUGCCCUUGCGUUUAACAUCUACGCUCAAUUUUCUCCUGAUAAUGGUCAAAUUCUUGUCAACAAUCAAGGCUCUUCUCAACAUCUAGUCAGUAGCGAUGGAGGAAUUGCAGCUACCAAUGGACAAAUUAUGAUGAAACAUACUGGUGACGUUACUUACAAGGGCCCAGCACCACGACCUAUAAAUCAGAAAGGAAAUCGUCAACGAAAAAGACAACAACCACUCUUCGUUUACCAACCACAGAUACAUUCAACUAUUCAAGAUCUUCUUGAUAAGUCCAAUGAUGAUAAAACUCAUACUAAGAUACACAUACUCUUUCGUGAAUAUGAACCAUUCAACAAUCAUUAUUCAACAUUCGACAACUUCUCAAACUACAUUUCAGCACUCAACACUCAUCGGGAACCAAUGAAUGCUGAACGACGUCAAACACUCAUUGUUGACUAUGGCGCUGAAAUCUUAGGAGAGUUUUGGCUUACCAAUUCCAUGUAUGUAACGAUGCCAGUAGAAGAUGUCAAACGAUAUGCACAAGAACAACAACAUCAUUACAUUCUUCUUCAUCCUGGUCAUGAAGAAGGUGGUGUAUGGGGAUCGCAAGAUCCUAGUGUGGCACGUCAAGCUAUUGGUAGUGACUGGCUCUACAAUGCUCAGUCUUCUCUAAACAACACCCAAGAAUGUAUAGCAGUGAUCGAUACAGGUGUACGAAAAACUCAUACCCUUUUCAACUCGCCAAAUAGAAUCAAUCGUACAGUGGAUUGUAUCUAUGGUGGUCCUUCAUGUACAGAUACUACUGUAAAUUCAACAUUGUAUGAUUCUGAUGAUGAUUAUCUGUCUCAUGGCACUGCAGUAGCUAGUGUUAUUUCAGCCAAUUCAAAUGAUGGAGAUUCAUUGCAUGGAAUUUCAUCAACAUGUAUUAAUUCUUAUAAAGUCUUUCAGACAAUACACUCAUCGGGUAGUUCAACCUGUACAACUUAUUUAAAUAGUACAUGGGUUGUCACUGCUAUUCAAGCAGCAUUAGCUAAUGGCGAUCGAAUUAUCAAUCUAUCACUUUAUACGAACUGCCUCAAUCAAUCGUUGUGCGAUGUCACUCAUGCAGUUGAUGCUGCCUAUGAUUUAGGUGCAAUCAUCUUUGUUGCAUCGGGUAAUGAUGCUACUCAAGGUCAACAAAAAGCACCAGCACAUUCAAGUAAAGUUCUGACUGUUGGAGCAGUAGAUUUACUCAAUUUAACACAUACAUCUUCAUACCAAGCCUCGGGACCAACUUCUGAUGGUCGAAUUAAACCUGAACUUCAAGCUCCAUCUGGUUUUUAUACUGCUUAUAAUGGAUGUGGUGGUGAGGGAAAUUGGUGUCCAUUAAAUAACAAUGGAACAAACAAUGGCUUCUGGACAAUUGAUGGAACAUCAAUUUCAACGCCAAUAGUCACUGGUGCUGCAUAUAUGCUCAAGAAACAACUUAUUAGUUAUGGUGUUGCCAAUCCUGAGCCUGGCCUCAUUUAUUCAUGGAUUUUAACAUUAACAAAUGGUUUACAAAUAACAAAUACUACUGGAGCAGGGCUUCUUUCACUUGGUUGGCGCCAAUGUACAUUCAUGUGGCAAACAUUAUCCGCUAAUCAAUAUAUCGAAAACAACUUUAAUAUUGAUUCGUCGAGCGAUUCAUAUGGAUCGAAAAGAAUGGAUGUAGUUGUUUGGUGGCCAGAAUCCAGUACACAAACUGUUCGUAAUCAAGUGUCACUCAAACUGAAGAGUCCUCAAAAUGUUGUACUUACUCAAGCAAACGCACCUCAACAAGUAUGGCAAAAAAUUAGUUAUGUACAACCAGGAAAUACAAGAAUACCUAGUGGUACAUAUGUCAUUCAUAUUGAUGUGGGUACUCUUCAGCCAUCAGCCAACAACGUACGUCUUCUUCUCACUGCUUGCACUCGACCUGAAUAA